AUGGGUAUUGUAUUCAGUUGCUGCUCCGAGGCGCAGGACGGCGAGCACGACCCGCUUCUAGACAAUCAGGUCGCCUACGGCUCGCAGGGCAACCUCGACGAGGAUCGCCAGGCGCUGGAGCUCGAGCUCCAGCAGAAACUGCUGGAGCGCGAGCAGGAGCUCACCGUCAUCGUCAACAACACCAACGACAAGCUCAUCGACAUCAGCAUGAUGAGCAACAGUGGAAUUGUCAUCCAGAGCCACGACAUGGACGAGCAGGACGCCGACAGCAUGCCUGCAAGUGUCUUUGUCGCGCUGGACGCAGCUCGCAUUCCGCCAGAAGUGAAGGCUCAGCUGGCCCAACUACACAAGGGUGUAUUCCACGCGGCAGGGACCGAGGUAGACACCAAGGACCAUGAACCGCUAGUUGUGACACUAUAA